AUGGCUUCAUUCAUGGAGGCCAUCAAUGCCUCUGCAGCAUCGUUCCCGGCUCAAUUUCACGCGACCAUCUCUUCGGCCAACACCGCUGGCCUUUUGAGCAAGAUUUCCGACAAUGCCACGCCUACGAAUCUCUUCGGUGUCUUCGUGACCUUGUUCCUGGCAGCUGUGGUCUAUGAUCAACUAUCAUACUGGGGACUGAAGGGCUCAAUCGCUGGCGACGCAUUCAAAAUUCCCUUCUUGGGGCCUUUCCUCGACAGUGUCAACCCGUCCUUCAAAAAGUAUCACACCAAAUGGCUGUCCGGCGAUCUCUCUUGCGUCUCCGUCUUUCACAAGUUCGUCAUCAUCGCCGCCACCCGCGAUGUCGCGCGAAAGGUGUUCAACAGCCCGACCUACGUCAAACCCUGUGUGGUCGACGCUGCCCACAAGCUGCUUCGCCCCGAGAACUGGGUGUUUCUGGAUGGAAAAGAGCAUGUUGAAUACCGCAAAGGUUUGAACGGAUUGUUCACGCGUCAGGCGUUGGAGACAUACCUCCCCGGACAGCAAGAGGUGUACGCUGAGUACUUCGAGGAGUUCGUGCGGGAUAGUGUCGCCGCCGACAUGAAGCCUGUGCCUUGGGUCAUCAAGCUCCGCGAAUUGCUCUGCGCCGUGUCAUGCCGUACCUUUGUUGGUCACUACAUGUCUCGCGAGGGAGUGAAACGCAUCGCCGAUGACUACUACAUGAUUACUGCUGCUCUGGAGCUGGUCAAUUUUCCCUUCAUUUUGCCUUUCACUAAGACCUGGUACGGCAAGAAGGCCGCCGACAAGGUCCUCGAGGCGUUUGCCAAUUGCGCCGCCAAAGCCCGCGUCCGAAUGAGGCAGAAGGGUGCUGAGCCGGAAUGUAUCAUGGACCGAUGGCUCAUGCAGAUGAUGGAAUCUGACCGAUACCGGGAGCGCCUCGCCAAGGGUGAGAAAGUUCCUGACGGGGAGAAGCCAGCCAUGAUUAUCCGUAACUUCAGCGACCUCGAAAUCAGCAUGACGGUCUUUACUUUCCUUUUCGCUUCUCAAGACGCCACCUCCAGCGCAAGCUCGUGGAUGCUGCAGCUUGUGGCUGACCGACCAGAAAUGCUCGCAAAAGUGCGCGAGGAGGGCCAGCGCGUGCGACCCGACGCCAACGCACCUGUCACUUUGGACAUGCUUGAGAAGAUGGAGUACACACGUGCAGUCGUGAAGGAGACUUUGCGGUACCGACCACCCGUUCUCAUGGUCCCGUACCUGGUCAAGAAGGAUUUCCCCAUCCCUGACAUGAACUACGUUGCUAAGAAGGGAAGCAUGAUCAUCCCCUCUACCUGGCUCGCUCUGCACGACCCCGAGGCCUACCCGAACCCAGACACUUUCGAGCCAGAGCGAUGGGUCUCGGGCACUGCAGAGCAGCAAGGCAAGAACUGGCUGGUAUUCGGCACGGGACCCCACUACUGCCUUGGUCAGACCUAUGCCAUUCUCAACCUCAUGCUGAUGCUGCACAAGUUGAGUGCCCAGUACGAGUGGGAGCACACCAUUACGAGCACGUCCGAGGACAUUCGGGUCUUUGCAACCAUCUUCCCCAUGGAUGAUCUACUGCUUACUUUCAAGCGUCGCCAGCCCGAAAUUAGCGCAUAA